AUGUGGUUGCCGCUCCAAGAGCUACUCUGAACUCACACUGGCAGUAGUUUAUUUCAUGCUAUUUUCUUCAUGCUUAUCCUGUUUUAUUUUAUCAUACCUUGCUGUUAUUGGAAUAUUACUAUAAUGAAUGCUUUUAUUCACUAAUCUCGAAAAUUAAGUAACUAGUUGGGUGCGGUUAAUUAUAAUCACUCCAGCAAUUUAGUAUUGCACUUUCAAAAAGUUGGAAAACCUGGAAGAUACAGAUAACAAAUAAAUGGUAAAAUAAAUUAGAUUUUUCAAAAUGGAGGCAGCUGAGACCGAAAUAGGCUAGCCGAACUAUGGUGCCUAUGGUUCUGGUCCAAAAAGGCUGGAUCCUACAAUAUACAUACAACUGUUUUUUUUUGUUUGUUUGUUUGUUUGUUUUUCAUGGGGUUUUUUUUCUUCUCCUUUUCCUCCGGUGGGGGCUUCUUUUGUUUGCUUGUUCGAGUGUAUAACAAGUACGCGGAUUGGAGCGGUGCAUCUCUAAGGUCAAAAAGAGGAGAAAAUUAAUCAAGAUACGGAGCAAACGGACAGAGAUUUAAGUUCUCAGAAGACAAUUGAAUUGUUUACAGUCUAUUAGUGCAACUGGACUAUACACACAUCAACAUAUUGAAGAGUGGCUGCGACAGAGUGAGCUGAAGGACUGUCACUGUCUCCAGAGAAGAGCAAAAGGAUAAAUUUGAAGAAUCUCAUGACAAGUUACAGCAAUGGAGGAUUUUUCAAUGCUGCUUACCAUGACAGCGAGACUCUGGAAAUUGAUAGAAGCGUGGCUUCUAAGGCUUCGAGCAAAACCCACCACACUAACCCCUAUGCCAGGGAAGACCCGAGCUGGCGGGGUGACAGGGAGGGGACACAUAACGCUUCCACAGGUCGGACCGGCGUCGAGGAUUCUUUCACGAGAGUGCCUUGGGGGGGCUUGCAGGAGGGGAGCUGGAGGGGGAGAGAAAGCAUCCCCAUGGGCCUCGUUUCAACGCGCCCCGGGAGCCCUUCGUGGCAGCAUAACCUCAAUUGCAGUACAUUUCAAAUCGACCCUGACUCUCGAUAUGAUCCAUCACCGUCUGUUCGACUUCCUGCUCAAAUGUCAGGUAACAUGACAAUGCGAUGGAGGGGAAUCACAAUGAGAAGGAUGAGCAUGUUUCCUAACACUGAUCCUGCCCAUCUAGCCUUCACAGAGGAUGCCAUCAGGAAUGAGAUGGAGAAUGAGGAACAGAACCUGGUCAAGGAACUUGUUGCCCUGUCAACACGAGAACGAAUCCGGGCUAUUCGGGACCUUCCAAUGAGCUUUGAAGAAAAGAAACAUAUCAGGAGCCAAGUACUGGCAUUCAAGUCCUCCAAGCAAUCUCGGCAGUUCACAUGUUUUGCAGAUUGCUCUGAGAAUGUGUCACUGUUUUUCCGCAGGUGCGGCUACAAUGUAAGGUCAGACAGGCAGAGCCUGGAAAUGUGGCAAGGCAUCAUGAAAGAGAUUGGUGGAAAGUUUGGCACCAGUGUCCUCUCCUAUUUCGUGUUCCUCAAGUGGUUGCUCAUGUUCAACAUUUUCUCCUUCCUGGUCAACUUUGGUUUUAUCACCAUCCCACUGCUUGUUUAUGACCCCUUACCCAACAUACCUCCAAAUGUGAGCUUCAGAGGACUGGAGAUACUGACUGGAGCUGGUUACUUCCACUAUACUGUCAUGUACUAUGGUGGCUACAGCAAUGAAACACUUGUGGGUCUAGUGGAGUACAACAUGCAGCUGGCCUAUUUCUUCACCAUUGCAGUCUAUAUGGUGCUGUGUGGAAUUGCACUUAUUUUCAGCAUGGCAAGCUCAUUUAAGACAAACUAUGUACUAGCGGAACCAGCUUCAAACGGUGCAUGGCAGCUCCUGUGCAGCUGGGAUUUUAGUGUAACCAACGAGAGAGCAGUGAGACAGCGCAAGAACAACCUCCGUGUCCAACUCAAGGAGUCUUUGUCAGAAAAGGCCCAGAGGGAACUGUUAACCCUCUCUGAAAAACUGAAGCAUUUUGGGGUUUAUCUGGGUUCCUGGCUCCUCUCCACUGGCUUAGCUGUUGGCUGUGGAGCCAGCAUCUACUACCUCUGCCAAUAUGAACAGCAGCGAGCAACUGAUGCUGCCAACUGGUCUCUGCUUCAGGAGGCAGAGACUCUCCUGGUUCCCUUUGUGGUGUCUCUGAUGAACCUGGUUGUCCCGCUCUUCUACUCCCUCUUCAAUAAGUUUGAGCACUACUCCAGCCAGCGGAGACAGAUCUACGCUCUUGUUGUCCGAAAUGUCUUACUCAAGAUGUCCAUUCUGGCUGUCUUGUGUUUUUACUGGAUGAAUGUGGUAGCUAAGAAGUUUUCGUGUUGGGAGUCCAUGGUAGGACAGGCUUUGUACCGUCUGGUCAUUGUUGACUUCCUUUUUCUGAUGUUGGGCUCCUUCUUUGGAGAGUUUCUUAGCAAUGUAAUUGGAACCAGAUUACUACCACAACUGGGGGUUCCAGAGUUUGAUAUUGCCAGAAAUGUCCUCGAACUCAUCUAUGCACAGACUCUAGCCUGGAUAGGAAUCUACUUCUCUCCUCUGCUGCCUGCCAUCCAGAUUGUCAAAUUUUUCAUCUUGUUUUACCUAAAGAAGGUCAGCCUGACCCAGAAUUGCCAGCCUCCGCGGAGAACAGGCAGGGCAGCUCAGAUGCAAACAAUCUUCAUCGCCCUCCUCUUCUUCCCUUUCUUCGUGGGAGCCUUGUCCAUGGUUGCAUACACUGCCUGGAGACUGACUCCCUCGGAGCAGUGUGGUCCUUUUCGGGGACUCAAUAAUACCUUCAGUGUGGUUGGAGUCUGGAUAGAUGUUGUGGAAGAGAUCCCUGGUUCUCAGUGGGUUGCCUGGAUCUACCAAAACGUCAUCAGGAGUGAAAUCUUCUAUUUUCUUAUCACACUCAUCAUCCUGGUCAUCAUAUACAUCUUCUGGCAAGUCACACAGGGCCGCAAGGAGCUUAUUGGUCUACUGAGACAACAGAUUGUUAAUGAGGGGAAAGACAAGUCCUUCUUGUUGGACAAACUCCAGAACCUCCAGAAAACUCAGCCUAAUAAAAAACCCAAACAGAAGAAUCAAAAAAAGCACACCAAACGGCGGUCAGAUGCCCUCUCUUCAGGUGGUCAGUCCAACUCAAACGCCAUGGUUCAGGCUUUACUUGCUUGCCAGCGACUUGAGGAGGAAGAAGAAAGACGGACCGCGGGUGGAGUGUCCGUUCCCUCUGACAUCUCCACCUCCAGCGCUCUGCUGCAGGCAAUGUUGGCCCGUCAGAGAGUCGACGACCAGGAUGAAGAUUUGUACCAGAUGCCUGAUGAACACCCGUCAUCCUCCAGCGCCCUCACACAGGCCUUGCAAGCCAGGCAGAGGGACGAAGGUCGAGAGAGGGAUGGAUAUUACGACACAGCAGGUUUUUCUCAAAACCCUGUGAACAGAUCCAGCGCUGUCAUGCAAGCGAUGCAAGCCAGACAGAGAGCAGAGGAAGACGGAGCAGAUGAUUCGGAUGACCCGCCCCCCUCUGUGUCAAGUGUUAUGAUGCAAGUCAUGCAAGCCAGGCAGAGAGCAAAGGAAGAGGACAGGAUUCAGUUGGCCCCUGCUCCCCCACAAAACCCAGCUCCCUCAGGCUCCAGUGCUCUCAUUCAGGCCAUGUUGGCCAGGCAGCAGGCCCAGAACGAGUACGAUGAUGGUUACUGAACAAAGGGGUCUGACUUUAUCUGACCAUGGGGACAGGAACAGAACAGAAAAGAUUUCUUUAUGAUGUCUGAAAUCAGUCUUGUUAUGGUAUAAUUUUGCAUCGGUUAUAAGUCCAGAAAUGGGGAGAUUUCUCCAGAAUAACAAUGAAUCCUGCUGUAUAUACAAAGAGAACAAAGAUAGCUACUGUAGCAGGGCUAUGAGAGAGUGCCGGUCCACCUCUUUAUGCACCGGUUUACAAAUAUGUUAAAUAUAUUUCUACGAUAGUGUAGAAGCUUUGUAUGACAAAUAAGUACUAUAACAUAUACUCGCUAGGCCUGAUCUCUUGCCAUUUCUAAUGCAAUUUCUGUAUCACAAACAUGUUGUUAAAACUGUAUAUAUUCUCUGUGAAAUGUAAAUGAGCACCUGAUACAAAUAAAAGAAAGGCAAAAAUAAAUUAAUUACUGUCCCCUGUAUAUAACAUUGUAAGAAAUGGGAUUGUAAACCAAAAUAAACCAGUAAUAACAAGCAGAAUUAGUCACCACCAUUUAUAGAAUGAAAUAUAAGUUUGCAAACAUGAUCUGUUUAGACAACACUGCCCUCUGUGGGGAUUAUUCAUAAAAUGUCAAAUAAACAUUGGGAAUUAAACUGGUUAUCAGCCUUUUCAAAGUAAAUGCAGUCUAAUAUGUUAAAAAAAACAAACUGAACUGCUGUGUUCAUUGCUGUACUGUUAACACCCUAAUGCCAAUUAUAUCAAAGUUGGUUUUCACUUAUAGAGAUAUAUUUUUUGUAUGCAUCUUUACUACAAAGACACAAAGACCGUACUGUCCUUUACU